AUGGUGAACGAGGCCCACCCCCCAAGGGCCCAGGAUCUGGAUGAGCUGCGCUCGCUCCAGAAGUCCAACCGCGAGAAGGAUGAGACUGUGCAUGCCGCGCACCUUGAGUCGCUGUCGGAGACGCUGCGCUCCAACGCGCGCCAGACGGGGCCGCGCGUGGUCAAGGGCGAGCCCAAGCACGCCUACAUCCCCGGCUCCCCGCGCUCCCUGGCAGCCAGCGGGUCGGCCUUCGCCAAGCACGUGUCCGACACGGGGCUGAAGCCGGUGGUGGUGUACCACAACCUGACCCCCGCAGAGCUGUACGAGAAGGCGCUGGCGCACGAGCCGUCGACCCACAUCGUGGCCAGCGGCGCGCUGGCCACGCUGUCCGGCGCGAAAACCGGGCGCAGCCCCAAGGACAAGCGCGUGGUGCGCGAAUCUGAGACCUCGGCGCACGUUUGGUGGGGCGAGGGCAGCCCCAACUACGAGAUGGACGAGCACACCUUUGUGCUGAACCGCGAGCGCGCGGUGGACUACCUCAACAUGCUGGACCGGCUGUACGUCUUCGACGGCUUCGCGGGCUGGGACCCGGCCGCGCGCCGGAAGAUCCGCGUCGUCUGCGGCCGCCCCUACCACGCGCUGUUCAUGCACAACAUGCUCAUCCGGCCGACUGAGGAGGAGCUGGCCAACUUUGGCAAGCCCGACUUCACCAUCUACAACGCGGGGGGCUUCCCCGCCAACCGCCACACCAGCUACAUGACCUCCUCCACCUCCGUGGACAUCAACUUCAAGGCGCGGGAGAUGGUCAUCCUGGGCACCAACUACGCAGGGUGCAUGAAGAAGGGCGUGUUCACGCUGAUGAACUACUGGAUGCCGCGCGACGGCAUCCUGUCCCUGCACUCCGGCUGCAACGUGGGCAAGGCCGGCGACGUGACCCUCUUCUUCGGCCUGUCGGGGACCGGCAAGACCACGCUGUCGGCCGACCCCGCGCGCGAGCUCAUCGGCGACGACGAGCACUGCUGGGGCGAGGACGGCGUGUUCAACAUCGAGGGCGGGUGCUACGCCAAGGCCAUCGGCCUGAAGAAGGAGAACGAGCCCGACAUCUACAACGCCAUCCGCUUCGGCACGGUGCUGGAGAACGUCAUCUUCGACGAGGAGACGCGCGAGGUGGACUUCGACUCGGCCAAGAUCACGGAGAACACGCGCGCGUCCUACCCCAUCGAGUACAUCGCCAACGCGCGCAUCCCCUGCGUGGGCGGGCACCCCAGCAACAUCAUCAUGCUGUGCUGCGACGCAUUUGGCGUCCUCCCCCCCGUCUCCCGCCUGACCAAGGAGCAGGCCAUGUACUACUUCAUCUCUGGCUACACUGCCAAGGUGGCGGGCACGGAGCAGGGCGUGACCGAGCCGGAGGCCACCUUCUCCGCCUGCUUCGGCUCCGCCUUCCUGGUAUGGCACCCCACCAAGUACGCCAGCAUGCUGGCCGAGAAGAUGGAGCGCCACGACACCAAGGUCUGGCUCAUCAACACGGGGUGGACGGCCGGGUCAUACGGCGUCGGCUACCGCUUCAAGCUGCGCCACACGCGCGCCAUCGUGGACGCCAUCCACUCGGGCGAGCUGGGGCGCGCGGAGUACGAGCCCAUCCCCGUUUUUGGGCUGCAGGUGCCCAAGGCCGUCUCGGGGGUGCCCUCCGAGCUCCUGAUGCCCUCCCGCUCCUGGGCCGACCAGGACGGGUACGACGCCACGCUGCGCAACCUGGGCGAGCUCUUCCGCGCCAACUUUGAGAAGUACGCCGACGGCGGCGGCUUCGUCACGCCCGAGGUCGCGGCCGAGAUCGUCAAGUCGGGGCCCAAGGCCUGA